AAAUUCGAGCCUUCUAGUUCUCUUAAGAAACUUCACAGAUUUCCAACUCCUACUACUAUUCAAUCGUAUAUCUAGCUAAGCUAGCCAUGGAUGCAGUGACAAGACUGGUUGCUGAGAGGCCACUGGUGAUAUUCAGCAAGAGCACCUGUGACAUGUGUCACUCCAUUAAGACACUGAUACGUGGUUUUGGGGCAAAUCCUACAGUUUAUGAGCUCGAUCAAAUUCCAAACGGCCAGCAAAUUGAAAGAGCAUUGCAGCAGCUAGGGUGUCAGAACGUACCAGCUGUGUUCAUAGGCGGCGAGUGUGUGGGUGGAGAUAGGCAGGUCAUGAGCUUACUGGUCAAGAACCAGUUAGGUCCAUUGCUGAAGAGGGCUGGAGCCAUAUGGGUCUGGAACGACUAGUGAUUUCUUAAUUAAUUACCAGGAAACUCUACUGCAAUGUUGCCAAUGCUAAGGUCGAAUAAUUAAGGGUGUCUUUCUACUUCUUUCAUCUUUCUUUUUUCUUUUUCUUCCCCCUGUUUUGAGUAGCAGAAAGUGUGGAGAGCUAAGCAUCAAGUCAUCUAUAGAGUCUAGACUCCUUAGGAUUUAUGAACUUAUUUUAGCACUUAGCUAGGCCAAGGCAUGCAGGGUUAACUCUUUUUAUGUUAGCUAGCUAGGGUCUUGCCUUUUUAACUUUAAUUAAAUGUGUAAUGCCUGUUGCCCAUUAUAAAUAAAAGUAAAGUUACCUUUAUUAAUAAAA